AGAAAACCAAUAUAACCAGCCCCAAAUCUCUAGUUCGUAAGCCAAUAAAAAUGGACUAUGUGAACACUUUGAUAGGUGUGUUAUUUGCCUGUUUUUUGGUUCGUGGAGUAUUGAUUUCACUUAGAAGAAGCAAAAGACUUGCACCAGGUCCAUUCCCUUUGCCUAUCAUCGGAAAUCUCCACUUGCUUGGUGACAAACCCCACAUAUCACUCACUCAACUCGCAAAAAACCAUGGUCCAAUUAUGAAUCUGAAAUUUGGGCAAAUAAACACGGUGAUCGUUUCCUCAGCAGUGUUGGCAAGAGAAGUGACGCAAAAGAAAGAUUUAAUGUUUUCUAAUAGGUGUAUUCCUGACGCACUCCGUGCCUGCAAUCACAAUGAUUUCUCUGCUAUAUGGCUACCUGUUGAUUCUCAAUGGAGAACACUUCGCAAGAUUAUGAACUACCACAUCUUCUCAGGUAACAGACUUGACGCUAAUGAGCAUCUCAGAAGUAAAAAAAUUCAGGAGCUGAUUGAUUACUGUGGCAACUGUAGCAAAGUUGGUGAAACAGUGAAUAUCAGCAGAGCGACUUUCAGGACUGCAAUGAAUUUGCUGUCGAACACAUUUUUCUCUAUAGAUUUAACUGACCCGUUUACUGAUUCUGCUAAGGAAUUUAAGGAAUUGGUGUCGAACAUCUCGAUUGAGGCUGGUAAACCCAAUGUGGUAGACUUUUUCCCAUUUCUUCAGAAAAUUGAUCCACAGGGUAUAAGGCGACGCAUGACUAAGUAUUUUACAAAGAUUCUUCACCUUAUGAGUGAUUUGAUUGAUGAGCGGCUAAAGGAGCGGAGUAUGGGUAAACAUGCAAAUGUUGAUGUUUUAGAUGCCCUUCUCAACAUUUGUCCUAAAGAAAUUGACAGGAAUCAAAUCGAGCAACUCUGUCUGGACUUGUUUGAAGCAGGGACAGAUACAACGUCAAAUACAUUGGAGUGGGCAAUGGCUGAACUACUCAAGAAUCCACACACUUUGGAGAAAGCACAAGAAGAACUUGCCCAAGUGAUUGGCAGAGGUAAACUAAUAAAUGCAGCUGAUGUUGCGAAUUUGCCUUAUUUGAGGUGCAUUGUGAAAGAAAACUUCCGAAUACACCCACAAGUUCCUUUCUUGAUUCCACGCAAAACAGAGGAAGAUGUUGAUUUUUGUGGCUAUAUUAUUCCAAAAGACUCCCAAGUUCUUGUGAACGUAUGGGCAAUAGGGAGGGACUCUAGUCUAUGGGAAGACCCUUUGGACUUUAAGCCGGAGAGGUUUUUGGAGUCAGAAAUAGACAUUAGAGGUCAGGAUUUUGAGCUCCUUCCAUUUGGUGUUGGUCGAAGAAUUUGCCCUGGAUUGCCUUUGGCUAUUAGGAUGAUUCCAAUCGUGCUAGGUUCAUUGUUAAAUACCUUUAAUUGGAAGCUACAAGAUGGAAUUACACCUGAGGACUUGGACAUGGAGGAAAGAUUUGGUAUUACCCUGUCAAAAGCUCAACCUCUGCUGGCUAUCCCUAUUCCACUGUAGAGUGUAGAUGUUGGG